UUUCAGAGUCGACUCACCUACGACUCGCUCCAGUUUGAGGGCCUCAACAUCACUGUGGGAGAGCUGAAGCGGCAGAUCAUGAGGCGCGAGAGGCUGAAGUUCUGCCAGCUGAAGAUCAGCAAAGCCCAAACUGAUGAAGAAUACACAGAUGAUGAUGCUCUCAUCCCCAAAAACACAUCUGUCAUCAUCAGACGGGUCCCUGCGGCUGGACUGAAGUCCUCCAAAAGAAGAUUUGUUGGACAUCAAGCUGGACCAUCAGCUAAAUCUUCUCAAACAGGUGAUUCUUCACUCCUCUCACUGGAGCAGCUGUUGAAGGUAUUGAACAAAUGAUUAAUUCACCCCACUGUGCUGCUCUGUAUUGAACUGCAGUGUUUGCAUUUGAGGCGUCAUAAUGACAUGUAGUGCAGAAUAUCAAUACACAGUG